GAGAAGCCAACCUUUUGGCGAGCGCAUUUCGGCCAUCAUUUUCAUCAAUUUCUCAAUUACCAAUUACUCUCCUAAAUUCGGCCUUCAGGCUGAUAAAGGGUGCGACGGCGUUCUUUUUGACUUUUUUCUCUUCGGUUUCGGUUACAGUUUUUGAUUCUCAUUGACAACAUCGCAAACGAGUCCUACGAUCUCCAUUGUCGAAAUCGAGUCCCCUUUACCGUGAUUUCCUUGUGGCGGACGCCGACAACGGGUUUCCUGCAACGGCCCGACUUUAUCGCCACCACGCGACCGACGACCUUUGCCUGCACGCCUGCGUCGACAACUCGACGAAACCACAACAGAAUCAUCUUCGACGAGAAGCCCGACUCAGACUUCCCGAAGAUUUGAUACAUAGGUUGAAAGAAAAGCCAACGGUCUUGCGCUACGACCCGUAGUCGCGAUGGCGUCACCACCCAAACCUUGGGAGAGAAACGGCGCAACCGCGGCCGCCCCAGUUCCUCCCGCAUCUGGUCCGAUGCCCGCACCAGACGCGACUUCGGCACAGACAUCUGGAGCCGCACCUGCCAUUCCCGCCAUUCCCACAAGCCUCACAAGCACGGUAAACCAGGCCGCUGCAGCGUACUCGAGACCAAUGGGAGCCAUGGGCACAAGUCCAUACGGCGGCUAUGGAACCGGCUACGGCUCAGCAUACUCCUCCCCUUAUGGCGGUAGUAUGUACUCUCGCUUUGGUGGCUAUGGUGGUUAUGGCGGCGGUAUGCUUGGUGGUGGCUAUGGCUCAGGUAUGCUCGGCGGUGGCUAUGGAUCCGGCAUGCUUGGUGGUGGUUAUGGUGGCUACGGAGGCAUGCCUGGCAUGCAAGGCGACCCAAAUGAUCCUAACAGCCUUACGAACCGGUUUGGUUCCAGCACGCAAGCUACCUUCCAAAUGCUUGAGGCUAUAGUCGGUACAUUCGGAGGUCUCGCGCAGAUGAUGGAGAGCACGUACAUGACGACUGCUUCCAGCUUCUUUGCGAUGAUCUCUGUUGCGGAACAGUUUGGAAACCUGCGUGAGACGCUCGGCUCUCUCUUGGGUAUCCAUUCACUCAUCCGUUUCUUACGAACUGUGAUUGCAAAGAUCCUUGGUAGGCCACCUCCAGCCGACGCAAUGUCUCUGACACCGGCAGCUUUCGCCCGAUUCGAAGGUCGCAAUGCUCCGGGUGGUGGCUCUGAUGGUGCUCCUCGCCCAAGCCGAAAGCCCCUUCUCUUCUUCAUCCUGGCUGCAUUCGGCUUGCCGUAUCUGCUGCAAAAGGCCAUCAAGGCUCUGGCUGCGAACGAGGAGGUAGAGAGGCAGCGUCGUAUGGAGCUGCAGGCCAAGCAAACCGCUGGCAAUGUUCCCCAGCUUGAGUUCUGUCGUCUCAUGUACGACUUCACGCCGCCAGCUCAACCCGGCGGCAGCAACCCUCUCCCCGGUGUUGAUCUCACGGUGAAGAAGGGUGACUUUGUUGCCGUGAUGAGCCGAACUGAUCCUCUUGGAAAUCCGUCCGAGUGGUGGAAAUGCCGCACAAAGGAUGGCCGCUUCGGUUACCUGCCGGCCAACUACCUCGAGGCUGUGCCCAUGCGCGGCGAAGCUGCCAAACCGAUCAUGGCUAUAAAGGCAGCAAGCGACACAACUAGUAGGACGAGCUCGCUGACUAGCUCGGUCUCUGCUCCGGUUAUGGCCCCAAUGCCUUCAACCAAGGUCGGUGAUAUUACCGCUGAGAGCUUUCAAAAGUCGCAGUUUUACAGCUAGGAGCUUGAGGAUCCCAAGAUCCUAAGCGGAGAACUGGACCAUUUACCAGUUCCCGACUGGGCCUUGCCGUUUGGUGGUUCUGCUUCAAGUUCGAGUGGUGAUGGUGAACAAGGCUCCGCACCGGGCGUGUUCAGGGCAGGUUAGGAGCUCGCACAUGAGCCAGAACCCACCCAAAAUCACCUUGAGCUGGGGCUAAAGAGUCGUUGCUCAAGGCCCAAGAUCAAGAUGUCGACAAAAGCGUAUCGGACGGCUGAGGAAUUUACCAGUCGUUUCAAAGUGUGGAUUGAGAGUUCACAGUGGUGCAUGAACGACACAAUUGUCUGUUCUUGCCUGAGCUGUACUGAAUAUUUCCGGUCCUCUGGGGAACCCAGGCCGAGGACUCGGAAGGAAGCCAUGGAUGUUCAUCUGGCGCUGCCUGUCUUGAUUAGAGUCAGGUUAUGAGCUCUUGUCCAUUAGCCAUGGCAGAGGACAUAACACAGCAAAAAGGAACGACUUACUUUCAUAUGUCUCUUGCGAUGUAUUAUCUUGUGCUGGAGGGGUUAUCCUUGAUUGUCAGGGCAGCCAAGUGCUCCGUGGGGGAUUCUUCAUGCACAUACUUUUUAAUAAUGAGGGUGUUGGUAGCGUUUGUACAUGCCUUCCAACUGUACUGUAUAGCGAGUUGAUUUUUAGAUAGUCUUCCACAGAUCAGGAUUACAAUAUGGUCAGUUGUUGAUGAUGAA